UAUCUCACAUUUCAGAGUUAUAAUUCAUUUUAAUUUGUCUAAUUUGUGUAAAGUUAAAGCGGUUGAAGCUGAUUUACUCAUUUGCCUAAUUUGUACAUUUAGGGCAAAAACGUGGAUGAAAAUGAUUACAAAAUACAAAUAAAAUAUAUACACGGUUGAUUUUUAUGUAGAUGAAUUGUAGCGGUGUAGAAAGUGUGUAGAUGUGAGAAUAAUGUUUAUUGUGUACUGUGGUAGUGCAGCUGAUGACAAGGAUGGACGGGAGGCGCGUUCACGAGGGCUCUCGCAGGGCGGGGACGCGCGGGCGCAGGGAUGAGCUGGUGAGAGGAACCCGGAUGCUGAUGCUGAUGGAGAGAGAAGAAGGAAGGAGAAGGAGGAGAAGAUAAAAAGAGGAAAUCCACACACAGAGUUAUGAUCCACCGGGCAGAAGACGCGCUACAGCCAGCGUUUGGAACACGGAGCGUUUAAAGGGCAACGGCAAUGAAAUAGAAGUGAAGCUGACAGGAACCGGGAUUCGCCAUUUUUCUCCUCAGGAUGUCCGGAAACCGGGAGACGGGAGCAAAGCGCUGGGAGGAGCUGCUGUGAGGAAGACGAGGAUAAUACUGAAGCUGCUCUUCAUCAUCAUCAUCAUCAUCAUGCUGGAUAUCCUCAGAGAAACGCUUUGUAACUAAAAGAGGACAAAAGCACAGUGACUGUGAUCCUGCUGAGGAAAUUCUGUCUGUCUGUCUGUCUGUCUGUCCGCUCUGUCCCCGGUCUGUCUCUGUCUCUGUCCCCGGUCUGUCUGUCUCUGUCCCCGGUCUGUCUGUCUCUGUCCCCGGUCUGUCUCUGUCUCUGCUCCACACCCGGAUGCGCGGCCUGGACAACACCGCGGCUCAGCUAACGGGACACACACACACACACACACACACACACACACACACACACACACACACACACACACACACACACACACACACACACACACACAUCCUACUUGGGCUGUUACAAAUUGACUGAAACGGGAACAUUUCUAGGAGUCAGAGAUGGAUAUGGCAUUAUGUAUUAGAUGACAGGCGUAUUUAUUUAUUUAUUUAUUUAUUUAUUUAUUUAUUUAUUUAUUUAACCCUAACACCAUAUCAAUGUCAAUAACUGGGUCACGUCCGGCAUCCGAGUCAUUUGUGUCUUAAUGAAAAAACCCCUUGCAGCAUCUUCACCAUUCAGUAAGAAAUGAUCUUCAGAUUUUUAUGAUCACAGGAAUCUCCUCAUCACAGACUGUCACACAAAGCUGGAUCACAGCGACCCGGAAACGAUUCAAACCUUUUCGCCUAUUCAACAAGGCAGCUAAAGAGGAAGAGGAGCAUCAGCAUCAGCAUCACCCGCAUCCCAUCUGUAAUGUCGGACAGGCGUGUGACAUCAUCACGGAGGACGCAGCGACGCCCACUGAACCGGAAGUGACAGGGAUUUCUUUAUUUUUGUGGUCACUCAUUGAAACUGUUAAUUACUGAGCAUCAUGUCCAGUAAAGAGGUGUCCAGCAGUCACCCUGCUCAGUAUGUUGGGCCUUAUCGCCUGGAGAAGACACUGGGGAAAGGACAAACAGGUUUGGUGAAAUUGGGAGUCCACUGUAUCACAGGACAGAAGGUGGCUAUAAAGAUUGUAAACAGGGAAAAACUCUCAGAGUCUGUCCUCAUGAAGGUGGAGAGAGAGAUCGCCAUUUUGAAGCUAAUCGAACACCCACAUGUCCUCAAACUACAUGAUGUGUACGAGAAUAACAAAUAUCUGUAUUUGGUAUUAGAACACGUAUCAGGAGGUGAGCUGUUUGAUUACUUGGUGAAAAAAGGUCGACUGACUCCUAAAGAGGCUCGGAAGUUUUUCAGACAGAUCAUCUCAGCUCUGGACUUCUGUCACAGUCACUCAAUAUGUCACAGAGACCUAAAACCAGAGAACCUGCUGCUGGAUGAGAAGAACAAUAUCAGGGUAGCUGACUUCGGCAUGGCGUCUCUACAGGUGGGGGACAGUCUGCUGGAGACGAGCUGUGGAUCUCCUCAUUAUGCGUGUCCUGAAGUUAUUAGGGGGGAGAAGUAUGAUGGUCGUAGAGCAGAUGUAUGGAGCUGUGGUGUCAUCCUCUUUGCUCUGCUGGUGGGGGCGUUACCCUUUGACCAUGAUAACCUGCGGCAGCUGCUGGAGAAGGUAAAGAGUGGUGUGUUCCACAUGCCCCACUUCAUCCCACCGGAGUGUCAGGCUCUGCUGAGGGGCAUGAUCGAGGUCAACCCUGAGAAACGUCUUACGCUGGAAGCAAUACAGAAACAUCCAUGGUACCUUGGGGGUCGUAAUGAGCCCUGUCCAGAGCAGCCCCCUCCCAGGCGAGUGUGUGUGAAGAGGAUCUUGUCUCUGACAGAGUUGGACCCCGAUGUGUUGGACAGCAUGCACUCUCUGGGCUGCUUCAGAGACAGAGUCAAACUCACACGAGACCUGCAGUGUGAAGAAGAAAACCAGGAGAAGAUGAUCUACUACCUGCUGCUGGACAGGAAGGAGCGCUAUCCUAGUUAUGAGGAUGAAGAUCUUCCCCCCAGAAAUGAUGCUGAUCCUCCUCGGAAACGUGUGGACUCUCCCAUGUUGACCCGUCAUGGCCGCUGCCGGCCCGAGAGGAAGAGUCUGGAGGUGCUGAGUGUGACAGAUCAGGGCUCCCCGACUCCGCCCCGCAGAGCCCUCGACACCUCCGCACACAGCCAGAGAUCUCGCUCAGUGAGUGGAGCGUCCACCGGUCUGUCCUCCAGCCCCCUGAGCAGCCCCAGAAGUCCAGUUUUCACCUUCAGCCAAUCUGAGGUUGCCUCUGCCACCGCCACCAAAGCCAAAGAUCCCAAAGUGGGAAGCAGCCCCGCCCCUCGGGCAGCCCAGCGCGUGCCUGACCAAAAAACGCAGACGCUUCCAUCCAAGGCCGCAACCGAGAGGCCACAUCUGCAGUCAAUGAAGUCUCUUCCCCUGCAGACACCACCCUCCCCCUCACCGUCUCCACUGCUCUCCCCCAUCCCUCGUUUCUUCUUCUUCCCCGCUCCGUCCGUCCUGAAGUCCGUCACUAAGUCCAUCUAUCCUAACUCUACCCAUGUGUCGCAGGUUACGCCCCAGGAUUCCCCGCUUCCCACCCCCCUUGGGACCCCCCAGCAUCCCCCUCCUACCCCACCGUCCUCCUCCUCUUCCUCUUCCUCCUCACGGGCUGAAGGGGGUGGGGCUGGCAGCAGUGCAGGGGGUGGCUCCCUCACCCUCACUCCCCCCUCCAGCCCUGGUGCAGGUAGUGGAAUGGCUGCUAGCAGCUCCGCCCACUGGAGAAGUCGUCUAAACUCGUUCAAGAACAACCUGCUGGGCUCACCACGCUUCCAUCGCCGCAAGCUGCAGGUUCCUACAUCAGAAGACAUGUCCAGCCUCACGCCCGAGUCAAGCCCAGAGUUGGCUAAGAAGUCUUGGUUUGGGAACUUCAUCAGUCUGGAGAAAGAGGAGCAGAUUUUUAUUGUGAUUCAAGACAAACCUCUGAGCUCCAUCAAAGCUGACAUUGUCCACGCCUUCCUAUCAAUCCCGUCGCUGAGCCACAGUGUAAUCUCCCAAACCAGUUUCCGUGCAGAGUACAAAACCUCCGGCAGCUCCUCCGUCUUCCAAAAGCCCAUUAAAUUCCAGGUGGACAUCGCCUUCUCCGAGGCAGAACGGGAACGAGAGCGGGAGAGAGAGGGAAAAAGGGAGACUGGAAUCUAUAGUGUGACCUUUACCCUCAUCUCAGGUCCUAGUCGCAGGUUUAAGAGAGUGGUGGAGACGAUUCAGGCUCAGCUGCUCAGUACUCAUGACCAGCCCUCUGUCCAGGCACUUGCUGAUGAGAAGAAUGGGAUCUCCUCUCCCUCACCUGGCACUCCCACUCACCAGAACUCACGUCGCUCUGAAGGGGGCGGAGAACGUUGCCAAGAGAGGGCGGAGCGUACAGAUAUUGCAGGUACGGGUGGCAGUGGUAGCGUCAUCCAACGCAAAGGCUCAGGAAAGGACAAGACACGCCUCCUGUCGUCCAACGGAACCCAGUCCCAGCCUUGAGAGAACUCUCUAGACACACUCAUAUGGAGCGUUGAAUCUGCCCCAACACACAAACCCCUCCCCUUCACUUGCCCAAAAAGUCCCACAACCCCCCAGUCACGGACCCCACCUCAUGGGUUAAACCUGCAGCUCCAAUGCAGCUGGGAGAAAACGAGGAGCAUAUUGAAGUGGAAAUGCUCUUACUCACCGACACGGCGAAUCACCUGCGAACAUCAUGAGCUCUCACAGAGCCUGAACUCUGAUGUCACUCACACGGAGGAUCUUCAAAUUCAAACAGACUUGAAGUAAACGUUUAACAAUUAAAACUGAACAUCUCAAGGCUAAGCUACAUAUACAAGUUGCUGAUCAUCUGGAUGGAGGUGGGAAAGGUGGGAUUGUCUCCAUUACAUCAUCAUGUCAUCAUCACUAUCAUCACAGAAAACUCCUUUUUCAAACUCAAAGAAAUGCCACUAAUAUAAACUGCCUUUCUGAAGACACCUUAUUAAUGACAAUGAUCCAGAAUAAGAUGGGAGAACAUGGUCUGAGAACACGGUCUGAGAACACGCUCUGAGAACACGGUCUGAGAACACGCUCUGAGAACACGGUCUGAGAACAUGGUCUGAGAACACGCUCUGAGAACAUGGUCUGAGAACACGGUCUGAGACCACGGUCUGAGAACACGGUCUGAGAACAUGGUCUGAGAACACGGUCUGAGACCACGGUCUGAGAACAUGGUCUGAGAACACGGUCUGAGACCACGGUCUGAGAACAUGGUCUGAGAACACGGUCUGAGACCACGGUCUGAGAACAUGGUCUGAGAACACGGUCUGAGACCACGGUCUGAGAACAUGGUCUGAGAACACGGUCUGAGACCACGGUCUGAGAACACGGUCUGAGAACAUGGUCUGAGAACACGGUCUGAGAACACGGUCUGAGAACACGGUCUGAGAACACGGUCUGAGAACACGGUCUGAGACCACGGUCUGAGAACACGGUCUGAGAACACGGUCUGAGAACACGGUCUGAGAACACGGUGUGAGAACACGGUCUGAGAACAUGGUCUGAGAACACGGUCUGAGACCACGGUCUGAGAACAUGGUCUGAGAACACGGUCUGAGAACACGGUCUGAGAACACGGUCUGAGAACACGCUCUGAGAACACGGUCUGAGAACACGGUCUGAGAACACGGUCUGAGAACACGGUCUGAGAACACGGUCUGAGAACACGCUCUGAGAACACGGUCUGAGAACACGGUCUGAGAACACGCUCUGAGAACACGGUCUGAGAACACGGUCUGAGAACACGCUCUGAGAACACGGUCUGAGAACAUGGUCUGAGAACACGGUCUGAGAACACGGUCUGAGAACAUGGUCUGAGAACAUGGUCUGAGAACACGCUCUGAGAACAUGGUCUGAGAACACGGUGGACCUCGAAGCUUCAUAUUGAUCGACAUUUCUGUAUCAGCAGAAGAGAAAAAAGAUGAUGAAAGUGAAACGAUGGCUUUGCGUAGAGAACUGAUGACACCAGUAGAGGAUUUGCUCUGUGAAAUCAAGUUGAUCCCCAACUCGGCCUCUGAGAACGAGCAUGCUUUUAAUCUGAUGAUAUUUAAUUUAAUUUUAUGAUAUUUAAAUGUCCUUUAAUCCGUCCAGAAUCAGGACGAGGAGACAAGAAGCUCUAAAGGACUGAAUUCUGGGACCUUCAGAACAAAUCCAACCAAGUGAAUGUCAAAGAUCAACAAACACACAAGCUACUUUACACAUAAUUAUUCACCUUAAGAUGUAAGCACAUUUAUUUAUUUAUUUAUUUAUUUAUCUAUCUAUCUAUCUAUCUAUCUAUCUAUCUAUCUAUCUAUCUAUCUGUUUAUUUAUUUAUUUAUUUAUUUAUUUAUUUAUUUGUUUGUUUAUUUAUUUAUUUGCUGUGGACUUGGCAGCCAUCUCACAGGUAAACAAAUAAAGCACAGCAGAUGGGAAAUUUUCACAUUCAUUUUGUUUCCAAACAUUAAAAUGAUGCUGCAACACUUUUCUGUUCAUCUUCUGUUUCUGUUCUGUUCAUCUUCUGUUUCUGUUCUGUUCAUCUUCUGUUUCUGUUCUGUUCAUCUUCUGUUUCUGUUCUGUUUGUCUUUCUGUUCUUUUCACUUUAUUUAUUUAAGGAAAAAUACAAAACAACAAAGAUGACAAGUGAAGAAAAAAAGACUUGGAGAAGAAAUUCAUGUUUGUGGCAGUAAAGAUUUGGUGAAAUCAUAAAGAAAUAAAAAGGUUCUAAACUAAACUGACUCUCAGUGAGGAAGAAGAGGAGAAAUAAGACAAAGGAAACGAGGAGACAUGAAGAUCUUCAGCAUCAGUAAGAAUGUUAACCACUAAAUCCCAAAGAGAGACAAAUCUCAUACUGAAUGUGAGCAGUAUUCACACACAGACACUCUCUCUCUCUCUCUCUCUCUCUCUCUCUCUCUCUCUCUCUCUCUCCCUUUAAGCCCCUCCCCCUCUGAUAGGGACACUGUCCACUUCCUCUUUGCUCCUGUGUUUAACUCCAAUUAAAAGGUGAUGAAUAAAAUAUCUUCACCUUGAAUCUGGACAAGCAGCAACACAGUUGAAGCUUCAGUCCUGAGGCCAUGUUCAGGGGAAUAAAAAGGUCCAGCGAUGAAGUGAUGAGGUCUUUUAGGAGGAAAGAUUUUAGGUCUGCUGUUAAGAGAAUAAAGCCUUCGUUUGGAGAGAAUCAAACUACAGAGAUUGUGUUUCAGAGCAGAUUUGAUAACUCUCGGUUCCUCACAUUGCUUCUUAUCAUAAAAAAGAAAACUCUGAUCCCAAAAUCCUGUUUUUAUUUAGUGAGAUUUAAACAGAGGCUCUGUGUCAGUAUCACACAGUCAAACACACCCAGGAGAGACUGGUGUGAAGAGCACAAAGUGGGUGUGGCUUCCUGCAGGGUGACGUGAGGGAGGAAUAAAGCUGAUGGAGCUGAGCUGCUGAUGGACAGAGUGGAGUUGGAGUUAAUGAGCUACGGAACACUCCAAAUGCCUUAAUCACAAGCUGAGCACGUGGAGCUGACUCUCCACACACACACACACACACACACACACACACACACACACACACACACACGCUACUGCAACUGGCACAAAUAUUGCAUCUGAUCAAGAAGAAAUUAUUUUGAGAGAGAGAGAGAGUAAGGUGAGAAGAGAGGUCAUCAUCAUCAUCAUCAUCAUCAUCAUCAUCGCUGACUGACCCUUUGCUGCCCUCAUUGCACAACACUCUGUCUCCUCCCUCCCUCCCUCCCUCCCUCCCUCCCUCUCUCUCUCUCUCCCACACACACACACACACACACACACACCCACACACACACACUUCUAACUCAUCUUCACAUGUGUAUCAUCAUUUAUAUACCUCAUGUAUCUACUCUUUCUCUCUCUCUCUCUCUCUCUCUCUCUCUCUCUCUCUCUCUCUCUCUCUCUCUCUCUCACACACUCACUAUAAUUCUUUUUACUUUUUAGAU